GCGGUUUGAACUGGGAGUCGCUCUGAUUCGUGUCUUCAGUAACAGCUGAGAGAGCAGCACUGACAGCAGGGAGCGGAGAAAGUGUUCAGCUGUCUGUCAGCCUCACAAGUCAGGACCCCUUCUUGUGAGCCAGUUACCCCCGACGGGACAUUGUACUAUCAUGUCUUUCAUUCUGAUGAAGAAGAAGAAAUUCAAAUUCAAAGUAGACUUCGACUUGGACGAGCUGUCAUCGGUUCCCAUCGUCAACGGGGUUUUGUUCUGUAAAAUCAGGCUCUUAGACGGUGGCUUUGCCGAAGAGUCCUCUCGGGAGCCAGUCCAAGCUAACAGUGUGUGCUGGAAGAAGAGAUUCUCUUUCAUGUGUAAGAUGAGUGCCAAUGCCGGGACAGGUGUCCUAGACCCCUGUGUGUGCCGGGUGUCUGUGCGGAAGGAAAUGAAGGGUGGAAAGACCUUUGCAAAGCUGGGCUUUGCCGACCUGAACCUGUCUGAGUUUGCUGGGUCAGGCAGCACCACACGGCGAUGUCUCCUAGAGGGAUAUGAUACCAAACAUACCAGACAGGACAACUCCAUCCUCAAGGUUGUUAUCACCACACAGCUCAUGUCUGGAGACCCCUGUUUUAAGACUCCACCAUCUACAGCCAUGACACUGGGAAUCCCACACACUGAGGCAGAGUGUCUCCAUAAGGACAGAAAGGGAGGGAACAUGCACAUAUCUCACUCUAUCAUUGACAGUCCAGGAAAGUCUGCAUCUGUGCCAGAGGAGCUGGGAGCCUAUGGACACUCAAGAACAUCCAGUUAUGCAAGUCAGCAUUCAAAAAUCUCAGGUUACAGCACAAAUCACUCGCGGUGCUCCAGUUUAACAGAGCUGAGCCAUCGGAGGAACGCAUCAGGAGGUUCUGCCUCCACUGGCAUUGGCAGCAUUGCAUUGGAGCCCAGUGAGCAGCCGGGGGAGAAGGGAGAGAGGGAGAGCGGGUCUACACCCCCCGUCUCUGCUACCUGUCUCCACGUACCUGAACGCCCCUCCACCCCCGCCAAAGCUCCAAGACACCCAGUAAAGCAGAACUCUGUGGAGAAUCAGCUAAAGAGGGUUGAUGCCACGAGGGUGGACGCCGACGACAUUAUAGAGAAAAUCCUCCAGAGCCAGGAUUUCAGCCAUGGCUUAUUGGACUCCAGUGCAGAGGAGGAGGGGCUCAGCUUGUUUGUCGGUCCUGGUGGGAGUACAGCGCUCGGAAGCCAUCACACUAGGGUUGCAGCUGGGGCCUUUGAGCAGGUGGUGAUCAAGCGCUAGGCUUUGGGAAACAUAUGUCUGUCAGAAAUGGUAACACAUUACACUGAUGUGAUGGGAAGGGGGACAAAAAAGGGGACCAGGAGAGGAAGAGGAAAGGCCACUAACAAUUGUUCCAACUUGGCUCCAUGAGACCGUCACUCCUCUUAAGCGGUCCCAGUACGUCUGACCUAUAGCAGCAGUGGAACAGGGGAGCUCCCUAGUGUUCAAAAAGCAGAGUUGAAGCUCACUUGACAAGGAACAUUUUGGUAACUGAGUCGAUCACCAUAUUGACACACCUCUGUUGUUCCUUGGUUACGCCUUGUGUUCAGUGAAAACCCUGAGGGAAGGGAAUAUUUCCACAAUUCUUCUGUAUCCUCAUAUAUGAAUAGAUUGUUUCCUCAAGUUCUCUCUUUCUCUAUUUGAUCUGUUAGGGCAUUGUCAAGCCUUUAAUACUGCAAAUUUAGAAGGACCCUAAAAUAUACUUUUUUUUUUUACUAUG